AUGGUUGGUCACUCUGACUCCGCAGUUAAUGAAGUUGUAGAACCGACCAGCGAAGAGCUUCUCGCAGAGCAGAUCCGAGUAUUCAAUCGGAUGAAAGGAUCAACCAACUUCAAUCGUGUCGCCGAAGAUGUUUAUCCAGUGGAAGUGACUAAAAAUAAACUGGUUUGUGAGAUGGUUAUUCAAGAGCAACAUCUCAAUUCGAAGGGUACUCUGCAUGGUGGUCAAACUGCUACACUAACUGAUGUGAUCACUGCUCGAGCUGUCGGAGUUACAGUCAAAGAUAAAGGAAUGGCGUCUGUCGAGCUAGCUGUCAGUUAUCUUCUCCCAGUCAAAGUCGGUGACAUUCUAGAAAUUACUGCGCACGUACUGAAAAUCGGUCGAACAAUGGCAUUCACUGAUUGUGAAUUCAGACGCAAAUCCGAUGGAAAGAUGACAGCAAAAGGGAAACAUACGCUGGCUUUCCUACCUAGCCAACCUGGGAUUUCAGUGGAAAACGGAAGUCAAUUUUAA